UUGAUCGUGAAAUCGAGAUGGAAAGGAUUGUGAUCCGUGAGCUUAUCCUCUCGUCUCGAGUUUCCCCAAAUCAUCACUCUCACAGUGCACAACAGUCAACAGUCACUUCUCGUUCCACCAAAGAAUACCAAAUCUAGCUUUAGGGUUUUGAACUUUUGAAUCCUCAAACAAAAGCCCCGAAAUUCCUCAAAACCAUGAGAGAUCAAGGCCCGCAAUCCAGCGUUUUCUACGAGCUCUGCUCCAUGAUCUUCCAGAUCCUCCGAACCCCUCCCCUAUCUCUCCCAUUUCCAACCCUAACAAACGUCGGACCGUCCUCCUACAAACCGAUAUCGCCCGCCGCCUUCGGCUCGCUCUUUAUCGGGAUUUCGGUGGCUCUGAUGCUCUUCGGGUCCCUCACGUUCUUCAUCGGCUUCAUACUGAUGCCUCUGGUCAUUGGGCUCGUCUUGCUCUUCUACUUCGCCGGCUUCGUCUCCAGUUUGUCCGAAUUGGGCCGCUCCAUUCUUUGCCCCGUUGACUCCCAGAAGAAUGGGCCUGCAUGGAGCUAUGAAGCUGAGGCUUACGACUAGUUGAAGCAUGGAGAAAGCUAGAAAGAAGAGAGCAUUUUUGAGGUUAGCUAUAUUGUGUACAAGAGAUUAGUAGGGUUAUUUUUUUCUUUGUAUCGAUAUGUUUCUCUUGGCCCUGGCCCCUGGCAAUGGAUAUGCCAACUUGGCUAUGGGUUCUGAAGGUCUUGCAAUGUAUUUUUCCUGCCACUUAGUUGCGUGGUUUUCAUUUACUUGAGAACCCUUUUUGCAGUUGUAUAAUUUGGCGUUGUUAUAUUUAUAAAGAAUCUGCAUGAGCAGAUUUUAGUUGUCA